AUGAUUUUCAAACGACGCAAGACUCGACCUUCCUUUGGCGCCGAUGGACAGCGCCUCGAUGGUGCACCUCGUGGACUGCCUUCUUUUCUAUCCACUACCAACACCACCAACAACAACACCACCACCAACAACAAUAAUAACAGUAAUAACAGUAACAACAACACAUCCACUGCUGUUGUCGGCCAACGACCCCGUCCAGCGCUUGGCGGCGUCCGUUCCAACUCCAAUCGCAAACUGCUUGGUUGCCGUCCUCAAAUUGGCAGCAGCAAUCGCCUCUUUCGGACCGGCCAAAAAUUGGUAGUCCAGAAUGCUACCUUUAUGCCGGGUCUCCAAUGCAGCACUGGCGGUAGCGGUGGGGGUGGACUCAAUAAGAAAUUCCAGCGCCCCAUGCAGUCUCGACGGGCCUACAAGGGAGGAGCCGAUGCCGCACUCAAACGGUCAUCGCUCGGUGCCAGGCAGCGAACGGAUGGCAUGGCCAGGAUCUUUUCGAGAGCAGGCAAGGGUUUAAACUUUCAGUCCUCGCGAGUGCAACGGAAGGAAGAGGAUACGGAUAGCUGUUCCAAUUCGGAGGACGAAGACGAAGAUCCAGCAGAUGAAAAACCAUUCGAGCCGCUGCGUGUCUGGCAGAGUCCACAUCAGGGAGGCAAGCCGCAGGGAUUGCCGUCGCAAUUAGUCUCCGCUGUCCAAACGGAUGAAUAUGGAGUGGAAGAAACGGUCACGGUGGUACAAGCGGCCCCCUUGCAAAAGUACAGCAAACAAGACGUCUUUGUACCUCCUGUAUUGGCCAAAUGGUUGCGACCGCAUCAACGGGAGGGAGUCGACUUCAUGUAUCAAUGUGUCAUGGGAAUGAAAGAGUUUGCGGGAAAUGGAUGCAUUCUGGCCGAUGAUAUGGGACUUGGAAAGACAUUACAGUCCGUGACCUUGAUUUGGACCCUUCUCAAGACAGGAAUCACAGCCAACGGUGAUCCCACUGCCAAGAGAGUCAUUGUCGUUUGUCCUUGUAGUUUGGUCAAGAAUUGGGACAAUGAAUUUGUCAAGUGGCUGGGACCAAACACUGUCAAGACUUUGGCCAUUGCAGAGGGGAGUCGCAAAGAAGUCGAACGGGAUCUGGAUUCCUUUGUCCGUACCAGACUUUUCAAUGUCUUGAUUUGUAGUUACGAAUGUCUUCGAACUCAUGCCAAGCGUCUGACCAAGGUUGCCGAUUGUUGUGAUUUGUUGGUCUGUGAUGAGGCACAUCGAUUGAAGAACAAUGAGAAUCAAACCAGUCGGGCUCUGAAUUCCUUGCCUGUGAAACGACGAGUCCUCUUGACCGGAACUCCCAUGCAGAAUGAUUUGCAAGAGUUCUAUGCCAUGGUGGACUUUACCAAUCCUGGAGUCUUGGGAACUCAAGAAGAAUUCCGAAAGAAGAUGCUCUUUCCUAUCCUCCGGGGUAGGGAACCAGAUGCCACCGAGGCCCAGAAGAAACGCAUGAUGGACAUUCAAAAUGAUAUGAGUACUAUUGUCAAUCAAUUCAUCUUGCGACGAAUCAAUACCUUGAAUGCCCAACAUCUUCCCCCCAAAUUGGUACAAGUCGUAUGUUGUAACCUGACGGAAAUUCAGCAGAACAUGUACCAACACUUGAUUACCAGCAAAGAUAUGCACCACGUCAUGGAAGGAAAACAAGUCAACUGUCUUGGAUCUAUCCAAAUGCUCAUGAAACUGUGCAAUCACCCAAGUUUGGUGGCGGAAGAAGAUGGUGGCAACCAACCCCAAAAAGGCCGCAGAAAGGGUACAAAACAAGUCAAGUACAAUGAGGACGAGCCCGCAUCUUCGGCUGCUCCAGGAGCCGAUGGAAUUGUCAAGUUCUUGCCCAUGUCUGGCGGUGGUGGCGGUCGAGGCAACCACAACGUCCCUGUCCAUCCCGAGUGGAGUGGCAAGAUGUUUGUCCUCUUUAGACUCAUGAAGGAAAUGCGGAGGCCUGGUAAUGGGAAUGACAAGAUUGUCAUUGUGUCCAACUAUACUCAAACCUUGGAUUUGAUCGGUCGCAUGUGCCGGCAGAAUUCGUGGGGAUUUUGUCGAUUGGAUGGAAGCAUCACCAUGAAGAAGCGGCAAAAGAUGGUCGACGAGUUCAAUGACCCGAGUAGUCCAUUGAUAGCCUUUUUACUUUCCAGUAAGGCCGGAGGAUGCGGAUUGAAUCUAAUCGGAGGCAAUCGACUUGUGCUUUUCGAUCCAGAUUGGAACCCCGCAGUCGACAAACAAGCUGCGGCUCGAUGUUGGCGUGAUGGGCAAAAGAAGAGGUGCUUUACAUACCGCUUUCUUGCAACAGGAACUGUGGAGGAGAAGAUCUUUCAGCGCCAACUUUCCAAGGAAGGUCUUCAGUCGGUGGUGGACGACAAGGAACAAGUGAACGCGCUCAGUACAAAAGACUUGCGAAAUCUAUUCAAGUUGCGAAAUGGUACUCCUUCAGACACUCACGACAAGCUUCGAUGCGAACGAUGUAAGAUCAUCCAUGACAAUGCCGAGUCGGACGCGUUGAAAGUACUGCCGAAGAAGCUUGCGGCUUGCUUGGAACUCAUCGAGGAGAUGACGAAGCACGAAGAUGCGUCUCAUUUUCUUGCACCACUCAAUCCGGAAGAUCAUGGCGUCAGCAAGGAAGCGUACGAAAAGGCGGUCAAACAGCCGAUGGAUCUUGGUACAGUUCGCAAUCGUCUAGGAAUGACCCAGGACCAACCAAAUGCCUACACCAGCGUGUCCACUGUUUCGAAAGAUGUCAACAGAAUUUUCUCCAACGUGGUGAAAGUUUGGUCUCCUGGUGAUGCAAUUGCGGACGCCUCUCGAAGGCUACAGACUUGGUGGGUCGAGCAAUGGACCGAGCUAGUUCCUCGUCUGAUGAUCAUGAAAGCGACCGAGGACCAAUGUCCGUUUGCGAAUGAUGCAGAGUCAGAUCCAUUUGAAGGCAGUGCUGCAAUCAACAACGAGCGCGGCGACGACUAUCAAGAACAAAUCGGUAUGCCUGACGAGGAGAACAUGCGCCACUGGUCUCAUCAUCACAGCGCAGAUACUGUUGAUGAUCCUGUAUUCCGUGCUGCAAUGAGAGGAUCAGAUGCUGUCUCUUUUGUGUUCGGGCUCGAAGUAACAUGGAGCCUCAUUCAACAGCGCCAACAGGAGGAGGAAGAGCGACAAGCAAUGCAAGAAUUGGAGGCAGCAGAAGCCUUGCAAGAAGACGACGAGAAUGAAGAUGAUGAAGAGCCUGAUUCUGAUUCUGGUGCGAAAACUGAUCAUGUCGAUAUGAACGACAAGAGUGAAGACAAUGAAAUGGCCGACGUUCUAAACGACGAAACAAAUCUGCAGCACUCCGAGGGUCCAGCUGAACCUAAAUUGGUCGAGCAAAGCACCCAUGUUCUAUCCGUCGAUAGUCCCUCCUCUACUAUUGUAGCAACGAUUCUUUCUGCGGAGAUUUGCACCCAAGACAGCAGCAACAAUGAAAACUGCAAACCUUCCGUUGCUGAGAUUGCUACACCUUCUCAAACCGAAUGGGAGUGUUCAGCAUGCCAUUACUUCAACCAAGAUAGCUUGAAGAAAUGUGAAAUGUGUACAGCCAAACGGCAGAAAAAGCGCUCAAUCGAGGAAGUAGACUAG